AUGUGUUUCGGAGAGCACCAGAAUGGAUGGAGCUACCGCUGCGAGUCCUCAUGUGCCGUGGGCAGCACUCCUUGCACGCCGAACGGCCAGGAUCCUUUCCAGACCUCCAGCCUGGUAGAAUGCUGCACUGGCUUGGAGAUGUGCCUGGGUCAGUAUGGCAGCAGUGAAGCCUUCGGCUACCGCUGCUUUGAACAGUGUCCGGCCACCUGCACGCAGAAGGGCGACAACGUCUAUCAGAGCGGGGGCCCCCGGCCCGACGCAGCGUCAGAGAAUGCUCAGGAGACGCGCGGUUCUCCGAUUGGCAAAGCUUUCCGACUGGAACAUGCCGCCGGGUUGCAGGUUGAGAAGCUUUGGGCAAAGGAGGCAGUGCUUUGCCUCACUUCUGCGUGUCUCAGGGAUGGCCAGUGGUCGCACAGGUGCUUCAACAAGUGCUGGAUGGGGGAGUACCACCCCCACUUCGACACCACCCCGGACUAUUUGGACAUCGCGGCCAGUGCCAAGGGCGUCCGAGGCAACGAUGGGGAUCUCUCCGACAACUACUAUCUGGUGAUCGGCGACAAUGGGGGCUGCGCCGGAGGCUGCGAUGGUUGCUGUGGCUGGCAGUGGCAGGUGGCCAACAAGAUGAAGGAGUACGUGCACAACCGCAAGGCCGCCAACCCCAGGUCCACGCUUCUCUUCAUCCUGCUGGUAGGCGACAACUUCUAUUGGACCGGGGCGAGCCCGGGCCGCUUCGACGCCACGUGGAAGUCGGUGUACCAGGAGCUGGCGGAUUACCCCUGGUUCGUGAUCCUCGGCAACCACGACUUUGGCAACGACGACCCAGACUGCCUCUGCCCCUUCUUCCAUGAGAGGGCUCGCUGCACCGCUGCUGACGCCACUGCUGCUGGUUGUGGCGGUGCCAAACCAUACUCCAUCGCCAACCAGUCGUAUGCUUGCAACCAGCUGAAUGCCGACAAGGGCGGUGUGGACGGAGACUUGCGCAGGAACUUUCACAUCCCUGACUUCACCUUCUUCUACACGAUCCCGGAGCUGGACUUCGAGUUGAUAGGCCUGGACUACAACUGGUACGAUCGCCAUGGCAUCGGCGGCAACGGCUACGGUCCCUCGGGCGGCGGGCGCGGCGUGGCCAAGUCGUGUGGUGGCGUGGCGCGUGUGGAGGACAGCCUGGCGCGGCUCCGGGAUGCCUCCAACAAGAUCCUCGACGAGCGCGCCAAGGCGGCGGCCUGGACCAACUAUGCCAUCAUUAGCCACUACCCCGACUGGGCGCAAGAAGGGAUCAAUCUCCGACACAAGUUCUUGCAAGGGAUGCAUCAAGAGCAAGACACCUGGCUGGCAUUGGUUGCGGCAGGUGCACCCUGGUGCACCUUGCACUCUGAGCUGACAACGGCCAUGGAUCUUGAAAGGCCACCUUCAUGCAAGAUGUAUUCUGAGGCUGCGCAGAAGCGCGUGCUGAACUUCUACGGCCACACGCACAUCCAGCAGUGUGUCCCGCCCCUGGACAACCGCGGCGACAAGGAGGAUCCCAGCCUCUGCACCGACAUCCUCACUGGUGGUGCAGGUGGCUGCUGUGGAGACAAGCCCGCGGGCUUCGUUGCCGUGACCUGGAACAAGGAUGGCAAGAUGACAAACGAGUGUUUCCUGCAAGAGGACUGCACGAUUCGGGACUGGAGCUUGGUCCAGGAGAAUGCGACGCGGUCGGCUGCGAAGCCGACAAAGGUCCCUGCCGGCAAGCAGGAGCAGGUCUGCCACAAUACCGUGGACGACCCCCGGUGCCCGGGAUAUGCUGGACCCCUGAAGCUGUAG